AGAGAGAGAGAGAGAGAGAGAGAGAGAGAAAGACAUAGUUAAGAUUUGCAUCGUGUGCACUCGUCGCAGCUCCGUUCGUACACUUUCGUUAUAAAUAGCUUGCGAGCGAGGAACUACAAGAAAUUUGACAGUUCGUGACGGUCCCUGGCACAGAAACGCGAUACUAUGUUUGUCCAAAGACGCUCGUAUAAUGUUAUCGUUCGGACAACGUUAAUAUCAAAAUAUUUCUUUGAUUCAAGUGGCGUCCGUCAAAAAGAUAUAGAUUAAUUUUCCUGAUUGUUUCGAUCCUUAUUUCCCCUUACCAUCUUGCAAAUAACUGACGCGUUAACUCGAGAGCAUGCACCUGUGCGUUAGGAUUUUAAUUCGCUUCGAAACAUCUCCUUAUUCCGAGACAAGAUAACCGACGUUCACGCAUACCAACGGCUUCUAGAGAUUUAUGUAUCUACUUGGAACGACUUUCACACUGUCAGACGUAGGCACGCACGUUUCAACCCUCUGCUCUUAUACCCUUAACGGAACCCUUGAAAAUGGUACUCCAGUGGCACACGAAGCAACCCCUCACCGUGUUUCUCUCGCGUCGCAGCUUAACAAGGGGAUUAAUUAAUAAUACCUUUCGGGGAUAAUUUGCGAGUCUCGUCUUGCAUCAGCGUCGUCAUUGUUUCCGGUUGAUGUCUCUUUCUCUCUUCUUCUUCUCCUUCGUUUCCACCGACUCGACCCUUUACGUGACGCGUCAAAAAAUCAAGCAAACGUCGCUUUUUACAAACACAAAUUCGUCUCUCUUCGAAGAGCUCAGGUCUGAGGAAGAAGACGAAAGGGAAGCAUCGUUAAACGGUACCACUUUAUAACGGAGAGUUACGCGUUUAAGGGCUUUAAUUUGUAGCCCGAGACUUUUAUACCUCGAACGCGAGAUCUUCGAAAGAGAUCUAAAGAGAGAGAAAGAGAGUUUUCUUCGCUAGGUUUUUUUUUUCGAACCACGCUAAUUGGAGUUAAUCCUCGAGAUUCUUUUUCUCUUUGCUUUAACGAUAUUUCGAAGAACUUUUCUUUGAAAGGGCGGCAAAAAUUUGAAGAACUCUUUCGAGGUUCGAUAUUCGUAUGAUUCGUUUUUCUUUAAAAAUCGGCUUUCUUCAAUGGCUUCGAAUCGAUUUCGACGAUCGAUAAUUCAACGCGUAGCGUGUUAGGUAUUUCUUUUAUCCACUGAAUGUAGGUAAGCGAAGGAGGCGCGGUGUGUCAGUGAAAAGACCAUCCUUUACGACGGCAAUCGCGCGCGAAAUGGAUUCUAUCGUAUCACGACGAACAUUCUACACGUUCAAUUUAACGUUGUGCUCUCGAAGAAAUAUAUACCAGGAUAGAUAGAUAGAUAGAUAGAUAGAGAGAGAGAGAGAGAGAGAGAGAGAGAGAGAGAGAGAGAGAGAGAGAGAGAGAGAGAGAGAGAGAGAGAGAAAGAGAAAGAAAGCAAAUAAUAAUUUUCCAUGGCUCUUCACUCGACACAUCGUUAUAUUGGCGAAGCGAAUAGGAGGAUCGAUAGCUUUUCGAAAUUCCUUCGAGCGCUGAGAAAUUAUGAACCGUAACGCAAUCGACUGGAUUAUUUUGGAGAAUGGAGCGAAAAUCGAAAAUAGAUUGGAGUAUCUUCGUCGAGAGGAAAACAAUGGGGAUAUUCACAGUGACAAUAUUAUUGUAUCUAAUUCGUGUGCUGUAGUGUGUUUUUGCACGAUCGAAAACAUUGAGAGAACACCCAGGAUUGUUUACAAGGCGAGGUUGUACCGACCUUUGUAGUAACUUUGUUGUUUUAUAAGGACUGUUCCGCUCAGACGUUCCGCGACCGUUCACGAAGAUACAUAUCAAAGGAGAUUCACUGACGACGCUUUUGAAAUACGCAUAAAGUUAAAAAUGUUAACAAGUUUUGCGAUGAAUCGGAAGAACGAGAGAAAGGAAAGGCGAAAUUACAUUUACGAAUGCAACGUCCUCGACGCACGUGCUCCGACGUUAUUACACAAUUUUGUGUUUCUCGUGCGAGGGUAGAAGAGGAGAAGAAAAAGAAGAGGUAUUACCGUGGGACAUUAUCGAAGUUCCUUUUAAACGAGUCGUGUGCGUAAACGUGCGUGCGUGUAUGUACAAGGCUGGAACGAAAAGUAUGCGGCACCGUGCAAGAUGAAGGGGCCAAGAAUCAGUGGCCUACCGAGUGAGAAAAAGCUGGACUUCUGCCAAAAGGCACGUCAGGAGUGUUGGCGAGUGUUGCUUACGUACUUGAGCUUCUGUGCGUUGCUGCCCGGCACCAUUCUUUCAGAACCUGCUCAUAUACGUGAAGUGUCCAAAGGAAAUUCUCGUCGGAACGUCAACGAUGCCACUAACGAUUCCGUCGGCACGGAUUUGCCCAUUUUCGAGCCGACUGCUCCGAAUGUUACGGCAUUCGUUGGGCAAACGGUGUAUCUACCAUGUCGAGUGCGAAAAUUGGCCGACAAAGUGGUAUCUUGGAUGAGAAUCAGGGACCUUCAUAUACUUACGGCAGGCACCGUGGCCUUCAGUAGCGAUACGAGAUUCCAUCCGCAACAUACUCCUGGGAGUGACGCUUGGACCCUCAGGUUGGAUAAUGUUAAAAAAACGGAUUCGGGCGUAUACGAGUGUCAAGUAAAUACAGAGCCGAAGAUUAUGUACGCAGUUCGAUUAUCUGUUAGAGAGCCCGAUAAACCAGAGGGUUACGACGAGCCGCAUUCUCAACAAACACGCAUAAGUUACGAAAGUACAGCACCCGUGGCGGCCAUAAUGGGUCCUCGGGAGCAAAGGGUGCCAUCGGGGUCGACGAUCACCCUAAGAUGCGUCAUAUCGUCUCCAUAUCAGACUCGUCCCAUCAGGGGUGUACAAUGGCUUCAGGAUAACAAACUCCUAACAUUCCAGGCAGCUCGCGGUGGUAUAAACGUGGAAACUGAAAAAGGUGCGGCACAAACGGUCUCCGAAUUGACUUUAGCUGCCGUCACGGAAGACGACACAGGGAAAUAUUCAUGCAGACCAGCGGAAGGACGAUUAGACACUGUGAUGCUGAUCGUCGAGCCAGGAGAACGUACGGAAGCCAUGCAACGUGACGCUGAAUACAUCUCUUCCGGAAAUGACGUCAGCCACUGGUCCGGGCUUUUACUUCCGUUGUCAUGGUUUCUAAUACUAGCAUGAAUGAAACAGCCGAUUUUAACCGCAAUAGUCCGAAACUCAAAGUAUUUUCUAUUCAUAAUAUUUCUAUCUCUUUCUAUAUCUCUUAAAUCUUUCUAUUUUCACAUGAGAAGUACCUAAAAAAACAAAAAAGACUAAGAAAGCUUACGUCUUAUGAGAAAGGGAGAAUACAGGCGCGUUUAAUAAGUUUCAUAAGAUUAUUGCUCUUUUUAUAGUGAGAAAAUGGACGAUAUCAGAGACGCGUUGUUCCCUGACAAAAAGAAAAAAAAAAAGAAAGCGUCUUGUCGUUCACGUUUAAGUUAGUAAUUUAUACACGAUCCUUUUUUUUUUUUACAACGAAAUCGCAUGCACUUUGUGUGCUAACUUAUUACCUAUAAAGGUAUACCGUUUUUUCUUUGCACAUUUUACGAGAGUAAACACAUGGAAGCAUACGUGAAUACGUUUAAGUAUAUACAUGCACACGUAUACUGUUCAACCAUUUAACUUCUCGUUCGUUUCUCAUUAAUCGGACCUACUUUAAUUAUUUCUGCUUAGAUACGUAUUAUCGUUAAUUCAGUUAGUCGUUUAAGAAUCUACUUUUUAAAGUCAAAAAGAAACUUCGAUCGACCAAUGGUCGAAAACUCAGGCAUCUCAUUGAAGAAAUAGAGCAAGGAUUUUUUUUUCUCUUUUUUUUUUUAUAAGAACGACGACGAUAAAAUGCUGAAGUGAUAGAGGAGGGGGCAGGAAGGACAGAGGGGGCUACGCUUGACUCGCAUUAAAUCUUUUUCAUCGUUAACUUAUUUUCUUCGCAAAUAAUUUAGAGAGCGAGCGAGUCACGAUACUUCAUUUCGUUCACGACGUGCGAAGCCAUUCGUGUCCUUUGGCCGUUCUCUCUCUUUUUCGCUCUCUUGUGAGCGCGCGAUAGCAUCUCUUUAAAUGACGCUUUUAGGACCAGUAAGAUUAAAGUGAGCAAGAUGCGUCAAAGGACGCGGAAGUAAUUUGAUAUCGCGUAUCGUAGCCUGGUUCAGCCUUCAGAUACAUACUUUUUCUUUUCUUUUUUGAUUUUUUUUUUUUUUGUAGGACAUGCAUAUACUUUUUGAUUCAGACCAGAAAUUCUGAAUAUAGUGGAAACGUUCUUUACGAAAAGUGCAACGUGGACGCCUCGUUCCAACGUUUCAUCACCGAGAGAAAUCUAGAAGUUGAUCUCACACGCUUUAGAUAAAUCUGUCUCGUCGCAGGGUAAAUCUUAGUCGAUUGGAGUAAGGCUAGUUAGUUGUUAUAUAUUUUUCUUUUCUUUUCUUUUCUUUUCUUUUCUUCUCUCUUUUUUUUUUUUUCUUUUCUUUUUUAUAGGAAUAAGUCACCGACAAACGCACAUAUGUAUCAGGGUCAUAGUAUUUUAAGGAUUCUUUGUUUUUUACUUUUUAUUAAUUUCUAAGUCGAACGAUCACUUUAAUAUUAUAUAAUAAAGCGAUUAGAUCGCAUCGAAAGCAUCGUACGAAAUGGCAUAGUAAAUAUGAAGACAUUUUUA